UGUCACAGCAGCUGCAGGUUGUUUGGAAUCUGACUUCAGUCUGGCGUCACGGUCAGAGCCCCCCCAAAAAUAGCUCCAGUGACUUGGCACAUGCUUCCCUUCUACAUGUUGCCGCAAACAACAGCCGUGUGCCGCAGGAUGAGCCGCCGUUCCUCGGUGAAGGACGUGUUUCUGUGGAAGGAUUUGUUUGUGUUUUUUCUCCAAGUCUAGCUGAGGAUGGUGCGCAAUGUGGACGAUCUGGACUUCUGCCUGUCCUCGCACGCUCAGAGCAUCCUAGAGGGCCUGCGCUCGCUCUGCUCUCAGCCCAAACUGGUGGACGUGACGCUGAGCGCUGGCGGACGGGACUUCCCGUGCCACCGCGGCGUGCUGGCCCUCUGCAGUUCCUACUUCCGCUGCAUGUUCUCGGGCGACUUUGUGGAGAGCAUCGCAGCGCGUGUGGAGCUUCAGGAUGUGGACCCAGACAUUCUAGGCUGCUUGCUGGACUUUGCCUACACAGGCAAGCUGACCAUCAACCAGAGCAAUGUGGAGGGUCUCAUCCAAACCUCCAGUCGGCUGCAGUUCCAGACGGUGCGAGCCGUGUGCAGCCGAUACCUCCAACACCAAAUCGACGCCACCAACUGUCUUGGAAUCUUGGAGUUUGGAGAGAUCCACGGCUGCCCUGAGGUGAUGGCCAAAGCGCGGGCUUUUCUGCUGGAGAACUUUGAGGCCGUUCAGCAAGGAGAGGAGUUCCUCCUGCAGGAGAAAGAGCGGCUUGUGACCUGCCUGCGUGACGAGGGACUUCAAGUCCGCUCCGAGUGCGCCCGUGUGGAGGCCAUCCUCAAAUGGGUCGGUCACUGCAAGGAGUCUCGGCUCUGCCACCUCCCAGAACUUCUGAGCCUGUGCCGUCUGGCCCUGCUCAGCCUGGACUACCUCGGGGGGAGUCUGCUGCAGGACGGGCUGGUGCAGGCAUCCGCGAGCUGCAGGGAGGUUGUGGAGAAAGUUCACAUGGAGAAAAUGCAUUUGGUCCCAGAGUGCACAGGUCGAGCCAACACGUCAGCAAGUCCACAGGCCAACCUGCAGGAAGUGCUGUUUGUCAUGGGGGGUCGUUCCCUGGACGACGACUCCGACGACGAUGACGACACGGAAGAAGACAACGAGCAAAGUCGUAGAGAGAGUAGAGCGCAGCCCAGGAACUGCGCCUUCUACAACACCAAAACAAAACAGUGGCACGAGCUCCCAAACUUCCCCAACCCCAACAAGUGGGGCUUCUCCAUGGUGUCGCUCAACAAUGACGUCUACGUCACAGGAGGUUCGCGGGGUUCCAACACCAACACCUGGUCCACCACAGAGACCUGGAGGUACAUCACAAAGGAGGGGAGGUGGGUCACCGUGGCGCCGAUGAUCCGACCUCGCACCAACCACUCCUCGGUGGCACUCAACGGGGAGAUUUACGUCAUCGGAGGUACAACGUCAGACCGCGUGGAGGUGGAGCAUUAUGACCCGUACCACAACACCUGGGCCUCCACGUGUCCCGCCUUAAAGUACGUGACCAACUUCACCGCCGCAGCGUGCCAGGGGAAGCUCUAUGUGAUUGGCUCCUGCGCUGUCAAGUACAACGCCUUGACCAUGCAGUGCUACAACCCCGUCAUAGACAGCUGGAUGAGCAUCUGCUCGCCGUUCAUCCCCAAAUAUCUAUCGUCUCCUCGAUCUGUGUGCGUGGAGGGAAUCAUCUAUCUGCUGGCAGACAACACAAAGAAGGUCUACUGUUAUGACCCGGAUGCCAACAUGUGGCAGAAGAUCCAACUUCUGCACACGCUCCAUGAGAACGGUGGCCUGGUCACCCUAGAUGGGAGGCUCUUUGUGACCGGCGGCCACUGGAAGGGCAUGGAGGGUGACUACGGGGUGGAGGUGGAGGUGUACAACCGGGCUUGCGACACCUGGGAGGUGGAGAGCUUCCUUCCCAGACUCUGGUUCUACAGCGGCCUCUCCACCAUCUUCCUUGACCCCACCCACUGGCCUGAGAUCUUCCCCGCAGAUGCCACGUAGUUCGCGGCACGUGGUCAAACCGUGGGUUUGCUGAAUGUUCCUGCCGGGAUAGCCUAGAAUAGCCGUCACAUGAUUAGCGGGUCCUCUCUGAUGUUAGAACUAUUUGGUGCUACUGAAUGUGAACUAGUGUGCAGACUACUAAAUGUGUGAUAUGUUUUUUUUUUAAUUAGGAAUGUAAAAAUAUAAAAAGUGUUAAAAUCG